UUUUAGCAGUUUAUACAACCCAAUUGUAUAAUUUGCUAAUUAAAAAUGGCAAUGCUAAGAACAUUAUUGAGCUUGGCAGCCAUAGCCAUGGUGCUUAAUUCAGCCAUGGCCGCAAAUCACACAGUGGGAGGUAAUGGUGGAUGGAGUCAGGGCGCUGAUUAUAAAACAUGGGCUGCAUCCGAAACUUUCUUAGUUGGUGAUAAUUUGAUAUUUUCGUAUGGUCUAAGCCACGAUGUGCUUGAAGUUACAAAAGCUGAUUAUGAUUCUUGCGCGACAACAAAUGCAAUAUCAACAAAUGGUGGUGGGAUGACUGUCAUUGCUCUAUCUUCUCUAGGCAGAAGAUACUUCAUUUGUGGAACUGGUGGACAUUGUGCCUCAGGAAUGAAACUUGAAGUCAACACAAUUGCCACAGCUUCUCCACCGCCUGCAGCCGCACCUCCGGUUCUGCCACCAGCAUCGACACCUUCCACCACCGCAGUGAUCAGUUCCCCUACUAAGUCCCCUGCUUCAUCACCAUCUCCCAAAUCUUCAGCGCCGUCGCCAAAACUUGCACCUAAAAUUUCCCCUGUUAGUAAUCCAUCAUCCCCUACUGUUGACGCUCCUGCAUUGCCUCCUUCUGGUGCUUCUGUUCCGACGCCAUCUCUCCCGUCAUCAGCUAAUAAAAUUGGCGUCAUUGCUGGUUCUACUGUGGGAUUUGGCUUCGUUGUUACGAUGACGUUCAUUCUUUAAGUGAAAUCUAUCAUCCGAGAUGUCCUCUUUUCUUUUUAAUUGUUUCAAUUCUAUUUUGUAUCAUGAUUUUACUCAAUCUUGUGUAUCACAAGAGAUCUAUUUAACAUA